AUUUUCCCAUAGCUCGCCGGUGCUGUUUGUUUACGAAAUGUGCUUCAGAUCGAACGUGUUUUGGCUGCGAAAAUUUGUUUUCCCUGAAAAUGUGCGCCAUUACGCGGGUAUUUAUCAAAAAAAUCCGCAACUCAAACCUGCGACAGCAACGAUUGAAACAAUCAAAGCCAAACUUACCGCAAGCGAUGUACCAUCGACGGAAGAAUGGAAAAACAUUCGGUUGAACAUAUUGAAUGAGCGAAGGUUCAACAGUACAAACGUUGAUAGCGUGGUGCUAGGACUCUGUCCUAAUUUGCGACUCGGCCAAUCGUAUAUUAGCUUUUUGCAACAGCAAGGGCUACAAACUAACCUGGCGAUUGUUGGAAAGUUGUUACGGCUUUACCGUCUAAAGGAGGAUGCGAUAAGCGAGGAAGAUGAAACUGAUAUUUGGCGCAUGUACCAAGAACUGCGGGAGCAGAAUGCAAUCCUCGAUGCAAAUACCUGCGAGCAUGCGAUCAAUGCUCUGACAUUGACUAAGCACUGGCGGCAUUGCUUGGAGCUGCUAGAAAUGAUCAAAAUUUCCGGUACACCGGAUAGUUCGUCGUACAAUUGCAUUGCUACGAAAGCUUUCCAGACAGGUGACGAAUCGACGGGCUGGCUGAUGCUGCAAGAAAUGUGUGAACACAAGCGCAUCCCAAACGACGACAGCUUUCUAGCGUGGAUAAAUUACAGCCGUUACCAGCAAGGUCAAAGCUUUGCUGCAAAUCUGGAACGAAUGCUCCAGUUUACUCAGGAUCACGCAGUUUUCCUAUCCAAACGUAUCGGGAAAGAGUUGCUUCAGCUACCGCAAGACAUCGGCGUUAGCGCGCAUGAAACGCGCAUCACGGACAGUGGACAAUGUUCUCACUGUAAAGGAAGGCUAUCCAGCAUUGUCGUACCGAAAGACAUGUUCCAGAGAAUGAAGGAUAAGUUUCUCGAGUCGGUGCUGAUCAAUAAGGAAAUUUUCAAUCGCACCACUCCGCAAGAGCUGAACCGUUUCCAGGCGUUUCUGAAGAAAACUCUCCCGUACGACGUGGUAAUCGAUGGGCUGAAUGUGGCUUUCUCUACGGGCAAUCAAAAGAAUCCUACCGUAUACGCGCAACAAGUGGCCGCCGUCGUUCGACACUAUGUUCGUCAGAAGCAGCGAGUGCUCGUUAUUGGCCGAAAGCAUAUGGACAAGUGGCGCUCGAAGGAGAUGAAGUACAUUCGCGAAAACAGUUUUCUGUUUCUAACAGAAGAUUUGUCCCAAGACGAUCCGUUUCUGCUGUAUGCUGCAUUGGAAAGCGGGCCAAAGACAGAUUUCUUUUCGCGAGAUCUGAUGCGAAAGCACUCGUUCAUGCUGGGCAAUGAGCUGAGCGGUGUGUUCAAACGCUGGCAACAGGAGCAUCAGUACUCGCUACUUUCCAUCAUGCCAGAUGGACGGGUUAUUAUAAAGGCCCCGUUCAAGUACGAACUGUACGCGCACAAGUCCUGUGAUAACCGCUGGCACGUACCACUGGUGGAGUACGGGUACCGUAUACCAAAGGUGGAAAAGCAAACCGAUUGGCUUUGCAUGAGCAUAAAAUAAUGUGAGCAACGAUAGAGCUAGAAUAAAGCAGUGGAAAAAAUGCUAGUACAGUGUGAACACCACA